GGGGAGAUUGGUCCCAGCCUCUCGUCAGCAAAAUGUGAAUUUGAGCGGACGAGGUGGCUGGGUUCAGAGCUUCGACUUCUGGCACAAUCAAAUGGUGGCGCGCCCGCCUCUCUUGCUUUCUUCGCAUCUUCCAUGGUUCACCCGCACUAGGAGUCAUGACCGACCAAGACGCCAUGCGCCCUGAUUCUUUCAGUCAAGAAAUAGCCGAUAAGCAGCUGGGAUGGGAGCCUGGCUUGUCAGUGUUACCGACCAAUGCUCAAUUAGGCCUGCAGUACAUGGCUCUUGCGUCCAUAACGUCCACCGAGUCGGUCUUGCGUGGCCUACCUUCUCUCAGCAUCGCAUUCCCAGAUUUUAGGCUGAUGCAGCCAAGAGACGCACUUGCUCGAGUCAUGCUCGUUUCUCAGGGACCAUCUCAGCACACGCUCAAUUUCCAGUUUGAGUAUUUGAAGACGAUCGUGGCUGGUGCAAAUGUGGCAAACAUUCGCUUUCAACCAGCUUUCCAAAUUACGACAGCCAAGGAUUCGUUUACGCCACGUUUUGAACAAUCUCUCUCGUUUUUGGCAGCGACUAUUCUCGGCUACUGCACGCAGUCUAACGCAAACAGGACUGAUGCCAGUCAUAAUCUCUCGCUUUCCAGGAUCAACGCGUUUGACACCUUGAGUCAGUUUCGAGAAUCUGCAUCUGCCCAACGAGGAGAGAUAAUCGGCAGUCCCCCUUCAGUCUUUUCUGGCACAGUCAACGGGAUAAAACUUCAGAGAGUUGGCGACGCACCCCUUUCAUCGUCGCGAAAAAGGACACUUGACGAUAGCGUCGACGAAGACCUCGACCACAAGGGUAGAUCAUUGAAGAAAGCGAGAUCGGAAUUGUCUUCAACCGUUGUGGCCACCACAUGUGAUUCGGCACAGACAAGACAUUUAACUAUACCUGAAGGCUUCCCAGUACAUACUAUGGAUGCCACAGGGCCUUUCCCGGGUGCGCGAACAACUCCUCUGAUUCAUGCAACAUCGAGUACCCCACAAAGUAUCGUGGCACCUGUGACAGGCAACGACCUCGCGUCGCAUUUUGAAGAUUCAGCGACAGGAUUUCUACAGUGUGUUGCCAAUCAAAUUAGUGACCAAGGUAGCGAUCUACACAUAACGCUGUCUUCGGAGCUGAAACAACUUGGACGAGCGGUUGAGGAGUUGGCGAAAUAUGGACGCGCACAAGAUGUCCAAGUCGAUAUCAUGUCGGCACUGCUCAAACAUCUGGAUACAUCCUUACGUAGUUUCGAUACAGUCGACGUUCUUUCUGCCUGUGGUCUGGGAUUGACCGCGACAGAGCAGGACGGUGGGGAACAAAUCAACAAGAUUAUCGAUCACAUCAUGCACCGCCUGAAUUAUGUCAAAGUGGCGCUUGUAAUGAUGAGCACGGAGAGCAUUCAGCGACAUCUUUUCCCCGAAGAACUACUCAUAACAUCAUUGAACGUAAUCAAGUCGCAGCUAGAGACGUUUUUGGCGCCUGCACUGGAGUUCUCAAGAGAUGACAGUCGACCCACGGGGUGCUUUGCUUUGUUUACGGCAAUAGCUGCAGACGCGUCUCUCAAAGUCCGGAUGCUGUCUUUGGUCAGUUCCACCUGUGAGAUCUCGGAAUGGCUGCGCAGGUCGUGCUGUAUGGAGGUCUCGGACGGUGUUUUGGUGAAACUGGUAUAUACCGCACUAUCACUGUUCUUCAUCGACACGUCCUCUGACUUGGUACUGGGAAGUGCUGAGACCGAGCCAUUAAGGCAGGCGGGAUCGAGUCUUUUGCAGAUGGUUUUCGCGAAACAUACGAACCAGCGGUUGUGGAUCUUGGAGGAAAUCCUAUCCUUACUUAUCAAGUUGCCUCAUGGAAAGAAAAACUCCAAGGGAUACAGACUUGUGGAUGGCUCCAAAAUAUACUCCUCGUCCGCAUUGCUCAUGCAGCUAGUACAAGCAUGUGUAGAUAGCCGCCUUAACCCUGCAGCCGUGCUAAGUUUUCCGGAACUUCAUCCGUCCACCCAAAGGAUCGAGAUGAAGAAGAUGCUCGAUCGGUUACAGGCAGCACUAGACGAUGCAAAGUCGAGCGUUGUCUACAUUUUCAAUUAUCUUCUGACACGCUGCACAAAGGGGACCAAAUCGUCUGUCGAAGCAGAUUACAGAACCAUCCUGGACGGCCUGCUUACGGAUCUUCUGGCGGUUGUAGGACAACCAGAGUGGCCUAGUGCGGAGCUCUACCUAUCUGUCUUCAGCAAGGCCAUGGCCAGAUAUCUGGAUGACGCUAAAGCGAAUUCAGUCUCGAAGACCAUGGCAGUCGACUCUUUUGGCUUGAUCGCAGCGAAGAUCAAGACAGUCAUGAGACACAUCGCAAUGGAUGACGCAGAUGAUUGCAAUGCCCAUAGCUCGAGGGAUGACCACCCUUUCUAUGCCGAACUUGGUGUCGAAACAAAGCUGACGGAUCUAUCGUACUUGCAGGCGAGAUACAACAGCGUCUUGGAGUACCUGAGUUCUAAAGAGUCAAACGAUCAUGCCAUCAGAGCAGCAAAGCGCUUUUGGAUAUGCCAAUGGACCACAGCAAUUUGUUCUGCUACCACACAGGAUCUCCAAGAGCAUGACUGGGAGAAGAACUGUUGGAAGUUCUUAACGGAUGAAGCCUUUCGGUGCUGGAGCUUAUACAACAAUUCGGAGCGACAGCAUAGAUCAAAGACCCCGAUGGCUCGGAAGGCAGUGUGUUGGAGUUCCUCGUAUCUGGUCGCGCGCCAGCAAUUGUUCCUCUCGUUCGACAUGCUACUUUCACGGAUUCUGGUGGCGCUGGAUGGAGCAGCUGUUUCUCUCCGUGCUAAAUCUCUCAAAGCUCUUUCCUUGAUCGUCACUGGAGAUUGCGCCGUUCUUGCUCAACAUAACGUGUCCAGGACCAUAGCGCUCCGCUUACAGGACCAAAGCCCAUCGGUGCGUGAUGCUGCCACUGAUUUGGUUGGCAAAUAUAUGCUUCAGGACCGAGUGAUAAGGAAGCUGUAUUAUGAUAUUGUGAGCGAUAGGAUCUCGGACACUGGCCUGAAUGUACGCAAGCGCGUUUUAAGAUUGCUAAGAGACAUGUACUCCAUGGCAGACAGUCAAUCGAUACGGAUUGAUAUCUCGCAGAAAUUAUUGCUCAGAGUUUCGGACGAGGAGGCGACCGUCAAGGACCUGGCUAUCAAAUGUGUCAAUGACGUCUGGUUUCGCCAAUUCUUUCGGUCGACUGAGCUUGCGAAGGUGGAUAGUUUUGAGGCUUCGGAGGCGACAGCGAUAUUCGGAACCAUCGCCCCUUCUCAGAAAAGAGAAGUUUCAAAACAUACAAGAACUUUGGUUGACAUGGUCAGCCAGCUACCCACGCCCUUAUACGACGCUUUCACUUCUGUUGUUCAACACCUUUUAAAGAAGGAGCGUGGACAUGGCUCAUUCGAUCUCUCACUACCAGGACAGGAGUUCACCAGAUCUUGCGUGAUAAUUGUAGAGUGUCUUGUUGACCUAAUCCAAACUCUUCAGGACGAGGAUUCCCACAAAUCCGCCGUAAUAUCAACAGCACAUACACUUCACACGUUCGUUAGGUGCGAGCCACGACUCAUCAGUGCGAAAAACCUUGGCGCUCUUUUAGUCUACCUUCACAGCGCUACGACGUCCGAAGACUGGGAGGUCACCAUGUUUGUGUUACGAGUGUAUCAGGACGCCAUUCCUGUUGUCCAUGAUAUGCCCAUAGCGGAGUCCGAGACCGCUGAGAAACUGACCCUGGCGCUUAUCGCGAAGUGCCCUGUUAUUUUACUCCCUGAAGCGGUAUGCGUACUUUGUUUGGUUGUCAAAAUUCGGACUGUGAACUCUGGGCGCCUAUGCAGGUUUUUCCAGACAUGCGUGGACCUUCUAAUCGAGGACACCGAAAAAUUACGCGCCGGCGUGAAUAUUCAAGAAAACAAACUGCGCCGUCUGACGACCAUCGUAGGGCUGAUUUGUAGACAUUUUCCCUUCGAAAAAGUCAUCAAAGCUCGCUCACAGGAGACACAUUUGACGGAGCUCAGAGUAAAGAUGGAGCCAACCGUGCAGGAAUUUGUGUUUGACAUCGUUGCCCAACUUUGUCGAUCGGACUACUCGCAAGCGUUGCAGCAGACAGCUCUCCAGAGUUUGGGCUACCUGUUUUUGUCUUUUCCCAUGUUGAUGAAUUCGUCCAAGGCUCUUCACAUUAUGGAUCGAAUCUUUGGUGACGCGGACUCGGAGCUUCAAGCGGAACUACUCCAGAUAUACACUCAAUUUCUGGUCAAAAUCCACAGUGCUCCUACGCCAGGUCCAGAUCAGGACCUGUUCUACAGCUUGAUCGCCAAAGCAGAAGAUCAUCUCGGGGCCGGGGUAGGAAGUGCCAUUAUGCAGCGUUAUCUUGAUCGUGUGCUGCGCUGCGCGCUUGCGGACAAUGAGAGGUUACAAGCUGCUGCUGUGAAUGUGAUAUCCCAGGUGACAUUGCAGGCUCUUGUCCAUCCGAUAUUAUGCAUGCCCGCUAUCAUCGCCUUAGAAACAAGUGAGGACACUUUACUGAGUGGACGCGUACUCAAAACUCACCGAGAGCUCCACCACAAGCACGCGUCAUUGAUCUAUACAAGGAGCCUCGAGUGUGUUCGGACGAUGUACUUGUAUCAGAUGCGUGUACAGGAAGCCAGAGGCGAGGUACAAGGUAAAGGCGAUCACUUUACUUCGAGAGAUUUUCAACUGCAUGCAACGAACAUAGCCUCUGGGGCUAACUAUCAUAGCGUCCCGUUUGUUUUUUGCGCUGAAGGGUUCCGGAUAAAUCCGGAGACUGGUAAUGCAGUCGCCUUACUGAAUGUGAUGUAUAGCUUGGUUGAGGACAAGAGACAAACGAGAAAUACGCUCUUGUCGGGCCUGGUCAAAGUGCUGGAUGUUGAUCUGACAACAAGUGAUAUCGAGGUUGACGGCAACUAUGCACGGUUCAUUGCUGAAAAUCUGGCCUAUCUGGAAUACAGGACAACGGAGGAAAUUUAUUUAGUGAUCUUCUACAUAAACAGGAUCAUCGCAGGUGCAGGAGUAACGAUUUUGGAGAGUUUGACAGCUACAUCACCGGAUUCCGCGCAAAGCUGUGGCGACAAGGCGUCGAGAGUCGCGAGCUCCAGAUUGCGCCGGCUUUGCAAAACUCCCGUUGAAUCCACAAUGAGUUCAGCCGGCAACAAUACUCGUAAGACGAAACGCGCAACACAGCCGAACGCAAUUGCCGCCGGUGGUUCAAGCGACGAGGGAGCGGACGGUAUGCAGAGCGGCGAAGAUGCACUGCCUUGCGGACAGGGUAACGGAGAAGGAGGUGGUUAUGAACCGUCUCUCCCCACCUCUGUACUGGCAAAGGCCAGCGUCGCAGUGGAGACGGCUAUCCUCCUCAAAAGCUACUUCAAGCGGAUUUACGAUAUAACUGAGACGAAGUCCCAGCAUUUUCAGCCAACUGCGCAUGCGAGUCACAAGGAGAAACCUUCGCCGAGGUUUAAGGGCAUACUAGCGCGAUUGCAAUGGCCAUGGAAAGCAAAGGAAGCCGAUGCCAUUUGUGGUCAAAAAAAUGUUACCGUGGGUGAGAGCAUUAGGCAGGACUUGAUCAGGAGUCAACUUGUGCGGUUCCGAGGGUUAAUGGAAGCAGAAACUGUGCAACAAUUGCCAAACAUGGAGGAGAACGAGAUUCCGCUGGUACAAAUAUCACGUCCAUCCGGUGUUCAUGUUCACAAGCCCGAUCCAUUGUAUGACGAAGCCGAUGAAUAUGAUGGUGUAGAGGACUAGGAUGGCCCCUUUUGCAUACAUCACAUCGCACAUUGCACAUUGUUUUAGCAUGCAGGCGGCCAUGUCCGAGCGGAGCACUUGUUAGUUGAAGUCCUGAUUAAUAUUCAUUCUCAAGAAUAAAGGGGUCCACAGGACCCUCUGUUCUCGCUGUAAC